UUGCCUUAUUUUCAGUACUAUUACAUUUCAUUACUAUUUUGAGAUACAAGGGGUUCAUUGUAGUAGAUUUUUUCUAGCAAGAUUAACUUUAUGAUUUUCACAGUAAAUUCAAUUUGUGAGAAGAAAGGAAGAAUAAAACGUGAAAGUGGGAGCGUCAGAUGUCUCAGACGUCUGACAUUUCAGUACUACCGAGUACCUACCGAAUUUGUUUGAAGUAUUUUUACUAUUUUUGUUGGUUUAUCAAGCUGAAAAUUUAGAAAAAUUGAAGAAUGUCUUUAUCAGACUUAAAACAUUCUCUUAGAAAAUAUGAAUUUCCGGUGUGUGCCAAAGAAGCACUCAGCAGAAUCGAGCAACUGCUGGUGGGGCGGGCGGCUCCAUCUAACAAGCAGCUGGAUGUGGCAAUGGACAUAAUAUCUGAAUUCGUGUUCUGCGAGGCUGACCGCCGCGGAGGUCGAGACCGGCGUGGAGGAGGACUUAGUCCUCUUCAGGAGCUACAGCUCAUAGACAUCAUAUGUGACUACCUGUCCGCCUGCACUAAUGAGAUUACUAAGAAUACUGUAUUCUUGUCGUUGUUCGGUGGAAUGGAGAGCCAGAGGAGACUAAAGAUACUAAGUAUAUUAGCCAGCAUGGCUGUUUCAGCUUCUAGUACACCAGUACUUUUAGCAGUUGGUGUCUGGCUCCAACAAAUGGGUUGUUCUUCAGCCCAGUCACUGCAGCUGGUGGAGAAUGUGAUCAGGGACCACUUCUACCUGAACACCUCUAACCAAGUGGCUUUGAAGUCCCUAGCUAACAGUGCUCCGCAGUUUGUUUCAAACUUUAUAACUGCAGUUACUGAGCUGUACAUGCAUGAUGCUCAGGGUACAACCAAGUUGCCCCCAAAAAAUCUUUUGGAAAUCAUCACCUCUUGGGUUUACUCCAACCCCACCCUCUGUAUGUCGGCGCAGCUGAACCCCGCGGCGCUGCCGAGCGGCUCCAUCCCGAUGGCCGCCGUCACUCCUCUCGCGGGACUCAUACACUGGUGUGCUCUCGCGCCGCUUUAUAUAGAUGAUGAUUCAGAAAUGGUCGAAAUACCAGAAGUACCUAUGAAGAAAAUAAAAUUAGAGGGUGAAACUGAAAGAUCUAUUGUAAAAACUGUGACACACAAGCCACUGUCAGAGUCAGAGUUAUACAUGAGGCUGCAUUUAGGAGUCCUGCACAGUUUGCGUGCCGGGCGGCGGACUCACGGACCGCCCACGGCUGUGAACGCGCAACACCUUGCGGCGCUGGCGCCCGUCGUGCAGACCUACGCACACAGCGUGCUCAAAAGAGGUGGCAAGCUACAAAUAGAUGAUAAGUUACAAGAUUGUCUUGACAGGAUAGGGCAAGCAGUACAAGUUGCCUUGGCUAACGGUUGUGUGUACGGCAAUAUAAACAACCUCCUUGCUGCACUGGAUACCCUUCCAGAGAACAGGCUGCUGCGCAUCAUCAUCAAGACCCAUCAGCAGAUCAUCUGACAAAUGAUUUGAUUUAAUAUGGCCAUGAACAGUGCAUAAACUCAUGAUAAGACAAUACAUCCAAUAUUAAAGAAUUUAUACAGGUGUUGGUGGUUGCUGAGAUGGUGAUUCUUAAAGUCAUGUGGAUGUUUACAGUGAGUUUUAAUACUACCUAAAAUUGUACUGAAGGUAUUGGAACUCUGGUACUUAUCAGUAAUGUAAGAUACUACACCAAUGUGCAAUUGUGGAUAAAGACUUCUAUGAUACAAUAAUAUAUAGAUUAUAAUAGAUGGUACUAUUAGUACCUACUUUUACUUAGUGUGUGCAACAUUUUCAGUGCAUAUUAUUUUGUAAGUACAAUACUUAGUUUGUAUACUUAGUAAAGAAUAUUAUGAUGAAGUUCUAGUUCCAGGUUGUGUUGUCUCCAUAUUAUUACAAUGUGGAAUAGUUGCAAACUGAUUUGUGAAUAAAAUACUGUGAUAAAUUA